AUGUGCGGAGCAAACGUUGAUCUGCCAAGUAAAGGUGGUGGAAGUGUCAACCAGCUAGGAGGGAUGUUUCUCAACGGCAGACCUCUCCCAGAAUCACAGCGCAGGAAGAUGAUUGAACUGGCCUCGGAGGGAGUCCGUCCAAGCCAGAUCUCCAAGAUACUUCGGGUGUCCAACGGCUGCGUCAGUAAGAUCCUGAGCCGCUACCGCCGCACCGGACUCCUGGAGCCCAAGACUAUUGGAGGGAGCCGACCUCGGCUUCUCACCCCCGGUGUCAUCUCCACGAUCAUCCAGUGCAAAAGGGAAAAUCCAACAAUUUUUGCUUGGGAGAUUCGAAAGCGGCUUGCUGCAGCACGAAUAUGCAAGGCCUCCACAGUCCCUAGCGUGUCGUCUAUCAACCGGAUUUUAAGAAAGAUCCACUCGGACCACGGACCGAUGUGCAUGGAGAUCAGUGCGCACAUCAGGACUGAGCAGGGUUUUGAGUCUCUGAUUCAAGAAAAGGUGAAUGAGAGAAAGACGUGUGAGACAGCAUGCAGCAAUGACCAGAAAGCUAAAGGCGUCCAGUACAGAAACCGCACCACCUUCACCCCGGAGCAGAGCACAGCACUCGAGCAAGAAUUCUCUCACUGCCAGUACGUAGACAUGUACACGAGAGAGAAGCUGUCGGCCGAGAUCAAGCUUCCCGAGGACACCAUCAAGGUUUGGUUUUCAAACAGACGGGCUAAAUGGAGGAGAGAGGCCAAACAGAGGAGCAGCACACAGGACCUGCAAAGGCAAAGAGGUGCUGUUGCCGCGAGUUCAUCGGCGCCGCACGGCUGCACAGCUCAGCAGGCGACGGGAGUGUCGAGACUCUUCUGUGAAAACUCAGACGCCUCCCAUGCAUUCAACACAGUUGCCAGGAAGUUGCAGAAUGGCUACUUCUACCCGACAGAAACAGGUAUGGGAAAUUCUGAACAUCUGACAUCCAUCUCAGUGCCGCCCUCAUUCCUCCAUCAGCCUAACAGCACGAUGGCGCAGGGCACGCCAGACAAGCCUCCGCUGGAUCUCCACAGAGACAGAUUCACUUUCCCGCUGAUCCACCAUCACACAGACGCGAGGACAUCCCUCCCUUUGGCAACUGAGACAAUAAGAACAGACCACCCCGUGGCUCAGUGCUGGAGCCAGCAGGGGAUUUCUUUAGCUUGGAGCCAGUUUCAAACAGAUGACAGGUUUCUAUUUACCCAGCAGCCCUGGGAUGUGCAUCCGCAUCGCUGCCUGGACUAAAUGUGCGGCCACAGCUCUGAUACUGGUGUGUGAUGUACAGGGUUGAAAUUGGUUUCCUCGUUGGGAGUUUCUCGACUGGAGGGACUCAUUCUAACCAGCAGAGGGCGACAGAUGACAGGCCUUAUGAUUCCAAGUGAACUACAGCUUCACUCAUCACUUUUC